UAGAGAACAAUAUUACAAGGCAUUAUUAUUCCAGGAACAUAGACAUAGAACAACAGUAUUUUUCAUGGGAUCUCAGACAUGUACUGUAUGUACAUUCAGCUAUUCAGUUAUUCUAUAUUUGAACAGUUAAGUUACUUGCUCUGCGUUUUGUUUGCUUUGUCCAUCUCUAUUUUUACUUUCAUCUUUCAUCCUAGUCCAAAUUUAAGGUGAGUAGUUUGAUAAAUACAGGCCCUGACAGGGGGGAGCUACCUUCAGCAGGUGGCGGUAAGGAAACGGUAUGUCUGGUCAGCUGCCGUUAAACCUGAGAAGAGAAGAAGAAGGAGUGUCGCUAACGAUGGCAGCUACCUCAGAGUUACGGGUGGAUCAGCUGCCUUCAGACCCGCUACUGCACAUUUUAUCCUUCCUGGGCUUCAGGGACCUGGUCCAUUGUAGUUACGUGAGCAGGAGGUUGAAUGAACUCUCCAAACACAACCCGCUGUGGAAAUCUCUCUGCUCUAAACACUGGCUGCUGACAGAUGCUGACCGGCUGCAGAGCGGCGUGUCCUGGUACUGUCUGUUCAAACAGUACUACAGAGACCUGGGCCGCUACAUCCAGCACUACCCGGUGCUGAAGAGAGCCUGGGAGCAGCUGAAGAGCUUCCUGCAGCAGAGGUGUCCACGCAUGAUCGCAUCGCUCAAAGAGGGUGCCACAGAGGUGGAGCUUCACGACAUCGAGGCUCAGAUUGGCUGCAGACUUCCAGACGACUACCGCUGCUCGUACCGCAUCCACAACGGGCAGAAACUGGUCAUCCCAGGGCUGAUGGGCAGCAUGUCCCUGUCCAACCACUACCGGUCCGAGGUCCUGCUGGACGUGGAGACGGCGGCCGGAGGUUUCCAGCAGAGGAAGGGGAUGAGACGCUGCCUCCCGCUCACCUUCUGCUUCCACACUGGACUCAGCCAGUACAUGGCUCUGGAGCCCGCGGAGGGACGCAGGAUGUUCGAGAGCUUCUACCCCUGCCCCGAUCAGACGGCUCAGGACCCUUCGGCCAUCGACAUGUUCAUCACAGGUUCCAGUUUCCUGGAGUGGUUCACCACUUACGUCCACAACGUCGUCACAGGAGAAUAUCCAAUCAUUAGAGACCAGAUCUUCAGGUAUGUGCACGAUAAAGGUUGCAUGGCAACCACCGGCGACAUCACGGUCUCUGUUUCUACCUCCUUCCUGCCAGAACUUUCCUCCGUCCAUCCGCCGCGCUUCUUCUUCACCUACCGCAUCAGAAUAGAGAUGUCGAGCAGUGCGUCGCCCGAAGCUGCCUGUCAGCUCGACAGCCGCUACUGGAAAAUCACCACCUCCGACGGCAACGUGGAGGAAGUUCAAGGGCCCGGCGUGGUCGGAGAGUUUCCGGUCAUGACCCCUGGAAAGGUCCAUGAGUACGCCAGCUGCACCACCUUCUCCACCCCGUCAGAGUACAUGGAGGGUCACUACACCUUCCACAGACUAGCAAGUAAAGAAGAAGUUUUCCACGUGGCCAUCCCUCGGUUCCACAUGGUCUGCCCCCCCUUCAGAGAGCCAGUGGUCCGAACGCAGAAAGCAUCGAACAGUUACACGCCUCGCCUCGACGACCACGACGACGACGGCGAGUACUGCGACGGAGACGGCGACGACUUUGGCGACCUGAGAGGAAUCAACGUGGCCGCGUUGGAGGGAGCGUGGUGCCCCCGACACAUCUGACCUUUGACCUCCCCGCCACCACCCUCACUACAGUGUUGAUGGACUGUCAGUUAUUCAGGUCUGAUUGAAGACAGUGAAACCUCUUCGAUGACCUGAAUGGUGGACAGACAGCAGGGGAUUCUCGGACAGGUGGUACCAACCAGAGCCAUACGUGGGACAGAAUUGCGUCGACAAACAAAAAAAAGCAAAUGAGGUGCAGUUUUUCAGUUUUCUUCUUCUGUUUAAACUUUUCUCAUUAUGAUAUGAAACUGUCGGAUAAGCUCAGACAAGAAGGACGGGACAAUGCGGUCGUUGUCGUCUCCUUGGCUUAAAGGAUUAUCGCUGUUAUUUGUGGUGCUGAUUUAGUUUUUCUUAAACACGGCAGGAGAAGCAACGACCAUCGCCGGUUGCUGCGACUCCCAGUUUAGAGGUAGAAGAAGCAGAUUUGUGUCGACCGAAGCACCCAUCGGGAGUGAGCUGCAGUUUUUUGUGAAAAGCUUCUAAUGAAAAUGUGUAUCUGAUAUUUUUUCGUGGAGUUAGAGAUUUGCUGUGGCUCUCGAGGUGCCGGGGCUCCUCCGGGGUUCUAGAGACAAUCACAUGGCUCUUUUCCACUGCGGGAACCCAACGAUCCGUCACACGGGUUCCUCCUGUGUUUCUCCUGUAUUGUACAAGCGGGACGUUUCAGAUAUUUGGCACUUUCUCGCUGGCUGUCGCUUGAUAUUUACUGCACAGUGGGACUGACUGCGUCUGUUUUGCACUGGGGGGAGUCAAGUUUAGGGCUGCUGCUAACGAAUGUUUUCAUUUUUGAUUCAAUUGCCGAUGAAUUUUCUCCAUGAAUCGGUUUGUCUAUAGAAGGGGCCUGCUUUAAUUUAAAAAUGAUGUAUUGAAAUUGCUUGCCCUAUUUGAUCAACAGUCCAAAACUCCCAAAGACUCAAUUUACAUUCAGAUAUGACAAAGAAAAGCUAUGAUAUGACAAAUGAUCACAUUUGUUUGGCAUUUUUACUUAUUACUGUGGUGAAAAGUGUGCAGGUGACGUUGCUCCUCUGGUUUCGGGGGCCUCCGCUGCCUCACCUGGGCUGCAGCAGCAGGUGAGGCCUCAGAUUUGUUGUGGUUGUGUGGUCUGGCUCCUUGUUGGUCAUUUACAUUUAGUAUUACUCGUAGAAUACUAAAUGCUGCAGUCGUGAUUAUCUGAUCAGUACAGCUUUGCACGCCACUGUCCUCCUCCAUUUUUAUUGAUAAGCUUAGUUUGCUAAUAGAUCAAUAGUUAAGAAACAGGUCAAGAUAAUAGUGACUUUUAAGAGCGCCCCCUGCAGGACCACAGGGCAAACAGCUUCAGACAGACUGUACAGAGAGUUUAAACAUAAGAACAUAAGAUCACAACGAGACAUUGAAUUCACACACACACACACACACACUGUUGUGUGCCGUUUGGCGCUGAGCUUAGUUUUGACUUUCAGGCUACAUACAGUCUGAACCUCAGUGCUCCAAUAUGAUCUUCUCCUCUUCUGCAUUUUUCUUCAAUUAGAAAAAACGAUUUGAUGUAUUUUUUUUUGGUUUGUUUUGGGGUUUUUUAGCCAUGUUAAGUCUACAUCUCCGAGCUGGCUGCAGCCUCGUGUUAAAGGGCUGAUGUUCUGUUGGAUACAGAUGCUGGAGUAAAGUGGUGGCUUACUGAUGUUGUGUUGUGAAGCUGAAAACUGGAAAUGCCUGCAUGUUACUCGAAGUUCCUGCAGUGGAAAAAGUAGCUAAAGGUGGUGGUUUUCUUUAUGUUCCUGUAUUAAUCAAGAAUCAUGUAUAAUCUUCAUUCCUGCAGAGCUUCUUUUUUUUUGGAAUGACAGGCAGAGUGUGAAUAUCAGAAAUAAACUGGGGUUUUCAUUUGGUCAGAGGAAGAGGAGGCGGCUGCCCAAGUGUUUCCAGGUCAUGUUUUGUGCUCGGUGCUUCACGUUGUUUUUCUUAAACUCGAGUUCAUCACAUAAAGCUUUUUUCUUUUGGAAGCGGGCUCUCCUCGUGAGGACGUGUCCUCACUCUCUGAUGUGAUCGGUGGGUUUGUUUUUGUAUGUUUUGGCUAAAUAAAUAAAUGCUCAUCGCUGCAGA